GUCAAGCGAUGGUCGAUCUGGGCAACAGUCGACAGCAAACGCCGUUGCACCUGGCGACUUUGCAGGGACACUGGUCGCUCGUCGAGCUGCUGGUGCAGCACAACGCGAACGUCGGCAUCGUCAACGACAACGGUGACACCGCGCUGCACAUUGCGAUAGCCGAGAGCCUGGAACAACAGCCUACCGAGCCUACACUCCAAUGUAGGCAGGAUUCACCGCUGAUAUAUGCCAUCUGGCAGAAGCUGGCGAGGCAAGGCGCAAAGACUGAAUUGGCGUUGGCUUGCUUCCUGGUAAGCGUGGACAAAAGUGGCACACUCCUCGAGAAGGCCAGAAACAACCAGAAGAAGACGCCGCUCAAUCUUCUGGAAGGCGCUCCACAGGCCGCUCUGCUCGCCGAUCUUUUACGCUCUUACAAAUACCAAGGUCACAGCACGCAGUUAGAGAUAGAGAACAAGCCAGCGACCAGUCACUUCGAGCCGGCGUCUUCUGGCAUGAACGUGACCACGCCAGUCACGCGUGAUAAUGCGAACGAGACUAGGAGUCGUUCGACCGAAGGUACGUACAGUGACGUGGAGGAGCUGUUGAAGGACGCGGAUAAAAGCGAGGCAGGCGUGGAUGUGAAGCGAGAAUUCCCCGAGAUUUAUCCUAGCGGGGUGAACGCGCGUACUCUCAUAGGCAGGGAAACGUACCUUCACGUGGCCGCGUGCCAAGGUUGGCGUGAGCUCUGCACCCUCUUUCUGAACACCGACAUGACCUCUGUGCACGCGACCGACAAGAAUGGAAAUACGCCGUUGCAUUACGCGGCAUUCGGGAAUCGGCUGCUGAUAAUGGAGCUGCUGUUGUCUCGUGGCGCGGCUAUCAAUGCCGUCAACGACAGCAAAUGUAGCGCUCUACAUGUGGCGGUUAACAAGCGGCACGAGAACAGUGUGAGGAUGCUACUGUGGUAUGAAUGCCAUGUCAAUCUCCAGAAUGCGCACGGCAAUACGGCGUUGCACGAAGCGAUCGAGAGGAACGCGCUGAACAUGACCGAGAUGUUGUCUGCCCAGGCUCGCGCGGUGUCACCGUUGUCGUUGACGAUGCCGACGUUCGCGUUGUGCUGCACCAGCAGCUCGACGAGCGACCAGUGUCCCUGCAAAGUCGCCAGGUGCAACGGCGUUUGCUGUCGACUGUUGCCCAGAUCGACCAUCGCUUGA